AUGAGCGAGGUAUCCUCCACUCGUCUCUAUCUCGGCAAUCUGCCCCGUAAUGGUACGCUGCUGGUCUUACUCCAUCCCAUCUCCGUCACCGUCUCCCCAUCUUUCAAUAAACAGGACAUCGAAGAGCAUUUCGGCUCUCACGGUACCGGAAAGAUAACUGAGAUCAAGCUGAUGCAAGGCUUUGGCUUUAUCGAAUACGAGGAUGCUAUGGAUGCAAAAGAUGUCGUUCCUGGUGAGGGCACCUCCGUGGUCGCGUUUACUUUCCUGGAUCCUUUUAUUUUUUUUCCCUGUCUCUUUUUCUGUCUCUUGUUCAUCUUCUAUCCAUGGAACGACGCCUUGCUAAUACUGGAUCCCUCUUCUGCUCGCUUCCUGCUUCAGCUUUCCGUACAUGGCACCGACUUCAAGGGUGAACGGCUCACGGUGCAAUUUGCACGUGGGCCACGGCGUAGAGAGCCAUUCCCUGGGCCUCCCGAACGGUCUGCUGCUCCUCGUCCACGACGAACAAUAUACCGUAUGCAGAUAACUGGAUUGCCUGAAACCAGUUGGCAGGAUCUCAAGGAUUUCGCCCGCCAGUCAGGACUUGACGUCGUCUACUCUGAAACCCGUGACCGUGACGGGAAAGGAUUUGUUGAAUUCGAAAAUGGCAAUGACCUCCGGACUGCCGUCGAGAAAUUGGAUGGCACCGAUUUCAAAGGCUCCCGAGUGACCUGCACUGCGGACAUCCAACCACCCAUGGAGGACCGUGUGCCCAGGGAUCCAUACCGUUCCCGUUCUCCCCGUCGUGGCCCUCCGUACCCGCCGGUUGAUGACUAUGACAGACGAGGCCCACCCAGAGGCUACAGCCCUCGUGGUCAUUACCGUGAGCGCUCCCCUCACGGACGCCGUGACUACUAUGAUCGUGACGGAUACGGGCGCCGCUCGCCUCCUCGUGCGCGCGUAGAUGACUACCCGCCCCCACGCCGCCCAUACGAUGAUCCGUAUGAAAUGCGUGGCGGUGGUCCUCCUCGUCACUAUGAUGACCCGUACAUGCCCCGUGGGGCUCCUUUUGGAGGUCGGCCACGCAGCCCUCCUCGAGGUGAUUAUGGAGGCUAUGAACGCCGGGGCGGAUACUGGUAG